UCUUCUUCUUCUUCUUCUUGUUCUUUCCCCCAUUGAAAAUGGAACUCUGAGAAGUCUGAAGCUUUACUGCUAAACACUAUCCUUAUCUCUCUUUCUCUUACUUCAAGCUUAGCUUUAAUGGCAGCCAUGGCUACUCUCAGCACCAGAGUUCCCUCUUUCCAAGCUUCGCUUCCGCCAUUUCAAUCUUCUAUCUCCAAUUAUCCUAAACCUUUGUCUGUUUCCUUUACCCAAAGAAAAGUCGCCAAACCCAAACUUUCUCGGGCUUUCACCUACAAUUCCCUGCGGUUCGUAAAGUUUGUGCCUUUUGCUUCUGGAGAGACGGAAACCACUGAGACCGAAGAAGAAGUUGUUCUUGAAACUCAAGUUGAGGACUCUUCGGACGGUGCAGUUGGUUCAGAAGAUAUCACAAGUGAUGAAUCGGAAAGCGAUACAAGUGAUGAUGUGGAAGUUGAGGCUGAGGAGAAACCUGUUUCAGCCGUUGUAGCAUCACUGCAGUCAUAUAGAGAAGCUCUAGCGAGUAACGAUGAAUCUAAAAUAGCUGAAAUAGAAUCUUUCCUAGUAUCACUUGAAGAUGAGAAAUUAGGUCUUGAAAAGAAGCUGGCUUCAUUAUCUGAAGAGAUGUCAACAGAGAGGGAUCGAGUUUUGAGGAUAAGUGCGGACUUUGACAAUUUCAGAAAAAGGACAGAACGGGAACGCUCUUCAUUGGUAUCGAACGCUCAAGGAGAAGUUGUUGAGACUUUGUUAGGUGUAUUGGAUAAUUUUGAGAGAGCUAAAACACAGAUUAAGGUGGAGACCGAGGGAGAGGAGAAGAUCAACAAUAGUUAUCAAAGCAUAUACAAACAAUUCAUGGAGAUUCUAUCUUCGCUCGGUGUUGUUCCCGUGGAAACAGUUGGGAACCCCUUUGAUCCAUUGGUAAGCUACCGAGUUGGCUCGAAAUCCAAUAAUUUACUUGUUGAACUUAAACGAAUAGUAAAACAAAUUCGUUCAGGUUUCACGAAGGCCUGGACAAGGUUUUGAUUCUGAACAACUCAUGAUUGAUUCGAGCCAACUCGGUGAGUUGUCGUUUGGAGUAACCGACACUAUAAACAAAUUUGUUCAUAGUUAAUUAACUGGUUUAGACUAGCAUAAUCUUUCAUUAGCAUUCAUAAAUUUUCUUUAGCAUAGAAAAAAUGUAUGCAGCUUCUAACAUCCAUAAUUUUCAUGUAUGUUGUAAAAAAGCUGCACGAAGCGAUUAUGCGAGAAGACUCAGAUGAAUUCGAAGAAGGGGUCGUACUUCAAGAAUUUCGUAAGGGGUUUAAGCUUGGCGACAGGCUAUUGCGUCCCUCGAUGGUGAAGGUAUCGGCUGGUCCAGGCCCUGCAAAGUCGGAGCAAGUAGCCCCCGAAGAGGAGGGACAAGAUGUUAGCGAUACCAAUACCGCCAAAGAGGACAGUUCAGAAGCAGAAUCAGCUUAAAGCUUAAUCAAAAGGAAAGAAAGAAAAAUUAUAUUAAUGUAGAUCAAGUUUUGGAAUAGUUGGGGUUCAAAUUAUUUGGGUUAAUCUCUAUUUGAUAGGUUGUUGUGAUUGUUGUUAUUGGAAUAUUUCUACUUAAAUAUUAUUUUCAUUGAGAAAUGGAUGGAUUGGAUACAAUUUUGAGGCAAUUGAGACAUUUUAUUUUAUUGAUUUUGGUUUAUAAUCCAAAAAGAAAGUGUUUUAUUCUUGGACAA